AUGGCCAUCCUCCUAUGCGAUGCCAGCGAUCUGCUCUGGCGUCUACGCAGUGUGCCCCCCAAGGGUGCUCACUGUGGCCAGGGUGGGGAGUGGAAGGUCUUCAAUCCAGGCAUUAUUAUCCCAAUUUUUCCGGACCAUAUGUCCACGGAGGCGCUGCUGCACUCGCUGCGCCGCAGCCGCCGCGUCAAGGCCAACGACCGCGAGCGCAACCGCAUGCACAACCUGAACGCGGCGCUGGACGCGCUGCGCAGCGUGCUGCCCUCCUUCCCCGACGACACCAAGCUCACCAAGAUCGAGACGCUCCGCUUCGCCUACAACUACAUCUGGGCCCUGGCGGAGACGCUGCGCCUGGCCGACCAAGGGCUGCCCGGGGGCGCGGCCCGGGAGCGCCUCCUGCCUCCGUGCGCCCCCUGCGCGCCCGGACCCCCGAGUCCCGCCAGCGACGCCGAGUCCUGGGGCUCCGGGGCCGCCGCCUCGCCCUGCGCGGCCGCCGCCUCGCCCAUCUCGGACCCCAGCAGCCCUGCCCCCGAAGACUUCGCCGGCUACGGCCCCAGCGACCCCCUGUUCUCCUUCCCCGGCCUGCCCAAAGACCUGCUCCACGCGACGCCUUGUUACCUCCCUUACCACUAG